AUGGCGUACAUCUGCAGUCCCAGAACUUUUACAGCAAGAUGGGAGGUUGAGAACAGGUGUCACCAGAAGAUCGUGGGCAGAGAAACAAGAGAUCCCAUCUCAGCAAAGUGGAAGUUUACCCACGUGGGACUGCCGUGCGUCUCCUGUUUCCUUUCCAACCCCCGGAAAACAUUCUGGUGCUGUGACUCAAACCUCUUCAUCCCGGUAUUUUCACCUGAGGCCGCGGCUCUGGUUUGGCGCCACCUGGAGCUCGGGGGGCCUCCCGGGACAAGGUCAGGACCCACGACCUGCGACCGCCCCGACGUGUUCCACUUAUCUGAAUGCGGCCCCCUGCGAUUCAAUGCCUUACUAAAGCUAUGUUACAGUUCACAAACACGGAUCCAGAAUUCCGAGGGCAGACAGCUCCUGAUGACCCACUUCUUCAACCAGUGCUACUCAGACAUCAAGACCAAGCUCAGACGUUUGGAGAAUGGUCCCCUAACCCCACAGGGACAGGUCCUGGAGGCAGCUUUCAAAGUAUACCACGCGAGGAAUGACAAGGCUCGUAAUCACUGCCACGUGAUAACCGCACCUGCCCGGCCAGCCAAGUGUGGCAAAGACCCACUGGUGCGGAAGCUGCUGGUUGACAUUCUGCAGAAUAUCAACCAUAAAAUCUCUGCAGAAACCCGGGAGGAAGACCCUCUUUGGUUUGAAGGUUUGCCAUCUCGGUUCAGGAGUAAAUCAGGCUACCUGAGAUCUUGUUGUAAGAAGAGGAUCCAGGGAUAUAUUAAAGAGGUGCAUGCUCAUGCCUCUGUGAUGAACACAGUGGCUCAAAAAGAAUUAAAACGAGUUCUCACCUCUAUGUGCCGAAAACUCAAGUCAAAGAAGUAUAACAGCAGCUAUUUCGACAGAAAUGCAAAGGCCAGUGACCGGCUCUGCAAUUCGGAAGGCUGGUUCACCUGUCAGGGCCCCUUUGACCUGGAGAUGUGUCUGGGCCCCUUUGACCUGGAGAUGUGUCUUUACAAGCAUUACAUAAACCCCUAUAGCAACAGGGAGAUCCGGCUCCUCUUCAGCACCUGGAACCUGGAUCAUAUAAUAGAGAGGCGAACUGUGGUGCUUACACUUCUGAAGGCAGUUCAGCAAAGGAAGAAGAUAAACUGUCCAUAUUUCUACAAUUUGCUCUUUACGUCUGAUAACCUGAAGCUGGUGCACAUUGCUUGCCAUAAGAAGACAAUGCACAAGCUUCAGUGUGACCAUAAUAAGAUCUACCGGCCCUUGGCAGGAUCCAAGAAGAAGCAGUCUGCUAGCCGCAGACACGAGGACCUCUGA